AUGAAAAAGAUUAAUUAUUUCUCUAUAUAUGAAGAUUUUUUUAAAGAUGCUAAUAAUUUUUUAAAUACAAUUGAAACAAAAAAUAAUUUUUUUGACUACAGUAGUGAAUCAAGCGCAGAUAAUAAAAAUGAAAGAAAUGAUUGUACGAAUAAUAAAAAUGGAGAAUAUGCUGAUUUUUAUAUAAAUGUAGAAAGUAAUAAAGUCACAUUUAAAAGUGAUUUAUUAGAAAAUGAGAAAAAAAAAAAUAACAAUAACUAUACAAAUAUAAAAUUUUCAUCAAGGAUUUUGUUAUGCUAUAAAAAUACACAUAGUUUAUGUUUAUCUUACAAACCUUAUAAUGAAAAUACUUGUAAUGAUUCAUCAAAUGUAAAUAAUUCUAUAUCUAUUUUAAAAAAAAAAAAUUCCAAUUUUGAUGAUAAAGGAGAAGAAUAUAAUCUUAAAAAAAAAAAUGAAAAUAAAAUUUUAAAUUUUCUUUAUAAAUGGAUACUUCCUCUUAAGAAAGACGAUGCUAAUGUUUUAAAAGAAACAAAAAAAAAAAUUAAAAAUAAAGACAUUAUAACAAAGAAGGUUGAUGAUGAAAGAAAUAUACAUAGUGAUAAAAAAAAAAAGAAAUUUUACAAUUUAAAUAAUAAUAAUUUAAAUAUAACCACAAAAAAAACAGAAGAAAAUAUAAAAAAAGAUCAAAAUAUUAAUGAGAUUAAAAAAAGAAAAAAAGGAAAGAAAGGAAUAUCUUAUGAGCAUUUAUUAAAGCCCAGUAGAUAUGAUUAUGAUGCUUUUUGCUUAUUUAAUCCUCGUUUUAAACAAGGAAAACAUCACACUGUUAUGUAUUUACAGAGUUAUAAUGUUUCUAUAAUUCCUUUUGUUAAGCCUAAAAAGUUAAAAGAAAAAGUAAAUGAAUUAUUUAGUGAAAUUAAUCCAUGGAUACAUAAAUCCUUAACAUUAUCAAAAUUAAGGAAUUUAAAAAUUGAUCUUUUUAAUUUGAUAAAUUUUAUUCCUGAAAUUGAUAUUUCUACUAUUUCGUGUGCGUGGGUAUUUUUUGAAAGACUUGUUAUUAAAGGAUAUGUUCAUAAAUUUAAUAGAAAAUUAUACGCAGCUACAUGUCUUAUUUUAUCAUUGAAAUUUUAUCAACAUGACGAUAUUCAAAUAUUAGAAAAAUUGCUUUCUUACAUUCAAAAAUUAGAUAAAAAAGAAAAUUUAACUCCCUCUUUAAUUUUUUCAGUAGAAUUUCUAGUUUAUCGUUUACUUGAUUUUUCACUUCAACACACUUAUGAAAAUAUACGUCCUCAUAUACAUCAAUAUUUAGAAUCUAAGGAAUUGAAGUUUGAAGAUGUAUAUGGUAUUUCUGAAGAUGCAUAUUUAUGCUCUAAUUAUGCAAGUAAAUCAUAA